AUGACAGUUUCAUACACUCUCAAAGUGGCGGAGGCACGCUUCGGAGGCUUCUCCAGCCUGCUCCUGCGGUGGAAGGGCAGCAUCUACAAACUCCUCUACAAGGAAUUCCUGCUCUUCGUUGCCUUGUACGCGGUGCUCAGCGUCAUCUACCGGUUGCUGCUGACUCAGGAGCAGAAGCAGGUGUAUGCCCAGGUGGCCCGCUACUGCAACCAUUCAGCAGACCUCAUCCCCCUGUCCUUUGUACUGGGUUUCUACGUGACCCUAGUGGUGAACCGCUGGUGGUCUCAGUACACCAGCAUCCCACUGCCGGACCAGCUGAUGUGCGUCAUCUCGGCCAGUGUGCACGGCGUGGACCAGAGCGGCCGCCUGCUUCGCCGCACUCUCAUCCGCUACGCUAACCUGGCCUCGGUGCUGGUGCUGCGCUCCGUGAGCACCCGUGUGCUCAAGCGCUUCCCCACCAUGGAGCACGUGGUGGACGCAGGUUUCAUGUCUCAGGAAGAGAGGAAGAAGUUCGAGAGCCUGAAAUCCGACUUCAAUAAAUACUGGGUCCCUUGCGUCUGGUUCACUAACCUGGCGGCUCAGGCCCGCAGGGAUGGGCGAAUCCGUGACGACAUCGCUCUCUGUCUCCUUCUGGAAGAGCUGAACAAAUACCGGGCCAAGUGCAGCAUGCUGUUCCACUAUGACUGGAUCAGCAUCCCCCUCGUCUACACCCAAGUGGUGACCAUAGCUGUAUACUCCUUCUUUGCCCUCUCCUUGGUGGGCCGCCAGUUUGUGGAGCGAGAAGCAGGGACUGCCGAACCUCAGGGGACUCUUGAGCCAGGCCAGGGGGACCUGGACAUGUACGUGCCCCUCACCACACUGCUGCAGUUCUUCUUCUAUGCUGGCUGGCUCAAGGUGGCUGAACAGAUCAUCAACCCUUUUGGUGAGGAUGAUGAUGACUUUGAGACCAAUCAGCUCAUAGACCGAAACUUGCAGGUGUCCAUGCUAUCUGUGGAUGACAUGUAUCAGAACUUGCCCCUGGCAGAGAAGGAUCCUUACUGGGAUGAGGAACAGCCACACCCACCCUACACUGUGGCCACAGCCGCAGACUCACUGAGGCCUUCCUUCCUCGGCUCCACCUUUAACCUGCGCGUUUGCGAUGACCCUGAGCAGAGUGUGCAGGUGGAGGCUUCCCCGAGAUUGGCUCCACCCGCGCCCACCCCACUGCUCAGCCGCUUUCUGGGUGCAGGAGCGCCGUCACCUGCCAUAAGCCUCCGGAACUUCGGCCGUGCACGGGGCGCCCCCCGGACCCCGCAUUUGCUGCGCUUUCGGGCGGAGGAAGGCGUGGAGUCCGAGGACCGCAUUGACGAGGCAGGGGAAUCUGCGGAUGCAGCUCUGGAAGCCUGA